AGAUAGUUCACUUGAUAGCUGCGUAGAAACAACAAUUGACGUCAUGAAGCUGAGAUUUCUGGUCGCCGUGGCAAUCGUUGCACCCUCGUAUUGCUACGACGCACCCAAGCCAAAUGAAUGUACAAAGGAUGGGCGAUUCUUUCCGUGCGGAAAGUUCGCGGACCCCAGUGAUCGUUGCAACGAUUGCGAAUGCUUCCUGGAUGGAAACUACACAUGCUCAAAGAGGGUCUGCCCUGCAGUGAACUGCCCCGUUGAGAAGAGGAUGUACAGACCAGGUUCCUGCUGUGCGGUAUGUUUUGACCAUGGAAGCAAGACCUCCGAUAGCAGUAGCGAUAUCGAUCAUCACACAAGUUCUGACAAAGAUGAAAGGUACCGUCGCACAGUCGCGUAUUACCCAGGCAAAGGGUCAUCCGGAUCAACAACAAGCGAACGCCAUACAUCGAAAUCCAGCAGCGAUAAUCCUCCAGAAGGGUAUAACAGAGCACGACGGUCAUUGAAUAUCGAUGGCGAAGCAGAUGUUCGCCGUUUCGUUCGUACGAUCGUGUAUAAGCCAGGUUCCAGAACAAGCGACCAUCAUGGAUCUAGCUCCAGUAGCGAUGGAAAAGGACACCAAGGCGGAAAAAGCUCGGGAAAAUCUGGGUCAAAAUCAAGCCACAGUUCCAAAUCCAGUAACGGUGGAAAUGGAUAUAAAGGCGGAAAAUAGCUCGGAGAGUUCUUGAAAAAAAA